AGAGGAAGAGAAAGAGAGCAAGAGAACGCGACGCGACGAGACGAGACGAGACGAGACGAGACGAGACGAGACGAGAAGAGCAAAGGAACGACAUCGGUCGAGAAAGAGGGAAAGGCGUAUAUCAAGGAAGAAAGACGGAUGGAUAGAUAGGUGUCGUGUACAUAUGUGCACAAAGUGACGUGUGUGUCGUGGCCGUGUGUGCAGGUGUGCGCGUGGUGCAGACUGCCGGUGCAAAAAGUGCAGUGCCCAGUGGACUUUUCCAUCUCGUGCGUGCGCUGCCUCUGCGAGUAGGCACGUAGACACCGGUGUUCCGGUGUGGACCGAUCGGAGAACGAACAGACGAUCGUGAGAGUUCGGUAACGUGAUUUUUCUAUACCGGUCACAUUUUAUUCACCAGAAAAAGAGUUUGAUUCUUUGCCGCAACGUUCUUAAGCAUAAAAAUUUAUCGGUCAAAGAAGAUUGAAGAAAUUUCGACAGACAGCUUUUCAACUAUCUAGUGAAAAAAAAGCCUGUGUUCACGAUGGGAUGAUUAGGGUAAAGAGAAAAGGAUGUAUGUAGCACGAGAAGAAAAAGAACGAGAAAUAACGAGGUAAUAAGAUCGUCCGUACCGACCUGCUUUACCGACAGAGCCCGUUGAUUCGCUGUUGGUAAAGUGGCUUUAUAUAGUGAUCUAUCGAGGAAGGAGAACGGGAAGAGAAGCAGACCAAGGAGACGCAGCAGUCGCGGAUUUCUGGUGGUCGCGAUAAGAACAAGCGCGAGCGUGUUCAGUUUCGUGCGAUCGAGGAUAUUUGUGUGCACGGAUCGUUCGGAUUCACCAGUGAUAUAUUACACGUGAACACGAAGGAGAAGAAAAUCAUUUCCAAACGGUUUUUAUUGCACGACCGUGGAUACAGACUGUGAGAAAUUUCAAUCGACGUUACCAAGUAGUAAGUGACUCUGUGAACCUGUGUGAUCAGACGAGCACGUUUUUACCGUGAACUACUUCUCCGUUCCGUACAUUAGCCGCAACACGAGAACCAUUUUGUAACUAUAUCUAAUUUGCGUCUGGAAUUAAUACGUUAUCAAGACACGAGACAGGAGCCGGUUGUUUUACCACAAUUAAUGAACUACGGUGAAGGUUACGAAGAUCCGGAGCAGAACGUGAUUCUUUGCACGAAAUAAAGGAAAGAGAAGGAAAGCUGGAGGAAGCAAGGGAAAAACAAUAAAAGGGUAUAACAUUCAAACAGAACAGACACAUUUGUUUGAAUAGGCAAAGUAAUCGGAGAUCGAGACAUGCGCGUAUCGCUUGAUUCCAAGACCGAUUCGAUUCGAUUCGAGACGUAUCGUGUGCAAGCAGAAAACCUUGUUCGUCGAGCGUAUUGGUAAAAUAAAUUCGAUCUAAUUGACGAAGGGAACCGCUUUAAGGUCACCUGGAAUUACACUCGAUAAACCCACGAGGAUCUCUCCCGUCGGCUACACACGGCUCGCGGGGACUACGUUGAAAAUCGUUCGGUGUCGUUGCUUGACGAAACCGGUUUCGUUCGGCUCGGCGAAUCUCGGCGUUUAUACAAAGGUCGUGUGUGCGCGCACGAGAGAUAGAAAGAGAGAGAAAAGUGGUAGGAGUGAGAUUUAUGGAAAACGAAUUUACACGAGGUCACACCCACGGGAGCGACUUUUUCCUCUUCGUCUCGUUCCCUCUUACUCUCCUCGGUUUUUUCUCAUCUUUAUCCGUUUCCUACGUUUCGUGUCUCCGUCUGCCUGUUUCCAUUUUAAUCGUACUAAUAAUAAAGGACGAAGUUGAACGUGCAACGAAUCACACGUUGGAUCGUGUCUCGACGUUACCGUUCAAAUUCGACAGACUGUUGCCCCCCUCCUUACGUUCGCGUUAAUACCGAAUGGAAUCUUUUCUUCAUGAAGAUAUCGGCGUGUUCGGGCGAUAAGCUAACUAUCGAAUGCGAAACGACACGUUUACCCGCGACUGAUCGGUAGGCAAUUAAACGAUUUUUAAACGGUGAUUAAGGACAUCGGGAUUUCGGUUUCUUUUAUAAACAGAGAAAGAGGGGGCGAGAAAGAGAAGAGAGGAGAGGCCUGUAAAAAUCGAGUGUCACGGAAAAGAGUGGAAACGGCAGAGAUCAACGAACUUGACGGAACGUCUCGAACCGAAUUUUCAGAUCGACCGUCGUCCGUGAAGAAAGUUUUCUUUCAAAGCGGCGCGGCGCGACGGGGACCGAUCGGCGCGAGCAUUACUGACGACAUGCGAGUGACCUUGCACCGCGACUCGAGCAAAACGUUCACGUUUUUAACACACGAGAGUUUGUCGACGCGGCGCCUGAAACGUCCCACGGCGAACAGCAGCGGCGAGUAGUGAAAGAGGAAGAGCAAGAGCAAGAAGAAAGAGUUAGAACGUUCUCAAGGUGGAAACCGUGAACGAGGGAAAAAGUCGGUGACACGCGGCAGAGACGACGAUGAGGGCUCGUGAAUCGUGUCUGUCAAGGGAGGCUCAGGACUCACCGGAACGCACCAGUGACUAUAACUCGAGAGCCUCCAGCAUGGAAGCGUUUAAUAAAACCUAGUCGUGGCUGGAGCUUUGAUGAUCGUGACCGGCCUUAGCUAUGAAGCGGGCGUCAAGUGCAUCCGCCGCUGCCGCUGCUGCCGCCGCCGCCGCCGCCGCAGCUGCGACCGCUGCUCCGCAGGUGCAGCCUGCGGUCACCUUACACGGAAGGAUACACGAUCUCCUUAGCCCGAUAACGUCGCCAGCGAACAGAGAGGAAUACGAGAAGCUAGCCGAAACGAAAGUAUCGCCAAAAUCACCGAAAUCACCGAAAUCACUCAAGUCGCCGAACGAGAACCCGAGCGAUGACAAUAAAGCUAAAAGCACGGCCAUGCCACGGCUCUUAGCUGUCGACUCGGACAAUUACAUGCUCCGAAAGGGUGCCGGGACGACGAACCCCGUCGCCUCGAGCUCGUCCGUUACCCCAACGAUCGUGCCACCAGCAUCGACCGCCUCCACCUCGAUCGCGUCCAAUCUGCAGCUGCACCGCGAUUCGAGACAACUGCCAUCACAUUUACCAACCAUUGUCCACAAUGCGACCUACAACGAUCUUCAUUUCACCGGUUCCACGAGCCGACCAAGCCCGUCUAGAAACAUUUACGUCAACGAUCCCACUCGCGGUUCCGAAUUGAGCAAAUCCAAAGGGAAUGUCGCAUUGCCCUUAUCCAGACGUUACCCUGUUGCUGGUAAUCACCAAACUCAUCCCGUUAACAGCACUUCCCCUUCGUCCAGCUGCUCUUCUGCACCCGCUACUACUUUCUCACCCGUCGUCUCCUCGACUCCAUCGAUCUCCACAAGUUUGAUGAACGGCAACGUAACUCUCAAUCAUUAUCCCGGUAUAUCCUCGUUGAACGUACCCCAAUCGGGCCAAAUUAACAGUUUACAGAACGAUGAUGCUGCGAGGCAAACGUUUCGUUCGAGAAACGUUAUUCCGCCACCGCCUACGAGCGAACACGUCGAACACGAUCAGAAUUGUUGGAUAAACGUUUCCGCUUGUGCCAGACCGGUGUCAUUUCAUCGGUUCUUGUGCUCGUGCGACGGUAUCGUACCGCAGUUGCGACAGCCGUGGCUGCAGACCAUCGAAUCGUCGCGUUCGCGGUCGCGGUCGCGGUCGCGCUCGUUGAGCGGUAGUCGCGAACGAGUGGCAGAGGGCGGUGUCGACGCGAAUUCAAUCGGUCAGCAGGGCUUUGCCAGUAACGGGCAACGCGCCCUUGUCAAGGGCAAUGGAACCGGGUCCGAGACGACCACUAAUAAGCUAACAGCCGCUUGUAAUCCCUGCUGUUGCAUGUGCGGUUCUCUAUGUCCCACAGAGUGCCAUGCGUGCUUCCACGUGGUCUGCUCCGAGUACAGCGGGCAACAUCUCUGCCAAUGGAGUAGCAAGGGUCACGCGCUACCGGGCCAGGUUCUCGACAAGGACAAGCCCGUGAACGAGUGGACAUCAUUAAACGUGGUCGAAUGGAUGGCUGCCCUAAAUCUCUACCGCUAUGCGGACGUUUUCAAGUCGAAGGACGUCAAGGGCAGUGAUCUUCCCCACCUAGACCGGGAUAAGCUCAUGAACAUGGGCAUCAAGGAUGAGUUCCACCAGAGAACCAUUUUAGCUUGCAUCGAGGAGCUAUGCCAGUCUUCAGCCUCACCGUCGUCGAUUUCGUUGCCACAGUUUGCCGCCAUAGCCACACCAUCCACGUCCAGCAUGGUCACCGACUCGAUCUCUUCCGUUGCCAGUGGUUCUUCGACUUGUAAUAAUGCUCAUACCCUCAUGUCACAAAGCUUCAGCGUGUUGGAAAAGUGCGACAAGUGCCAUAAAUACCUCAGGGGCCUGCUGCAUCAAGGUUUUCUCUGUCUAGAUUGCGGUUUAGUAGCUCACAGGACGUGUACGGCGACGGGUUUGUCCCCUAACUGCCUGCCAGUCGACUCGGAAAAUCGUGUCCAUAGAUUUACUCCAGUAUUCGGUCUUGGUUUGUGCUUGCAAUUCGACACUUCCACUCGUACCGCACCUAUCCUAGUUGAACGGUGUACCCGUGCCUUGGAGGAGAAGGCGUUUGCGGAUAGCACGCUGGAUCUUUACAAAGUCUACCACAGCAGUCCUCCUAACGAGCAAACGUUGGAACUGCGGCAAAAGUUAAACGAAGAUGUUUGUAACGCUGAUUUAAAUUCCUACACCCCGCAAUGUAUCGCGAGCGUAUUGAAGAAAUUUCUACGGGAAUUGCCGGAUCCGGUGAUACCCGUUCAAUUCUACGACAGGUUUAUCGAAGCAUCUAAUACGAAGAAUGACGAACAAUGCGCGCAACGUUUAGCACAGCUGGUCCUUGAGCUUCCAGAACAUCACCGUACGACAUUGUUUCAUUUGAUGGCUCAUUUCUGUCGAAUCUGUCAGCUGCAACACGCAAGAGGUUACACGGAGCCUCCUACCAUCCUCAUACAGGUUCUCUGUCACAUUUUCGUCAGACCGCCUUGGGAACGGAUCGUACAAAUCGUUCACAAUAUCGAGGCUCACAUACGAAUUAUAGAGAUACUUUUAUUACACGGCGAUUGGAACGAAAGAUUGCCACAAUUCGCGAGUCCUCCGCAACUACCACCGCGAAAAGUUUCGAGACCACAGUUUCCAGUUUUAGAUCCGUUCCCUGUUCUUGACGAGGAUAGCGCUACUAUGGCUCCAUCAACGUCCAGCGCGGAAAGUAAUCAACAACAACAACAACAGCUACAACAACCACAGCAGCAGCAGCAACAACCUCAUAGGCCACGUACACUUCAAGAGGCUGAAUGGUAUUGGGGAGACAUAACGAGGGAUGAAGUUAACGAGAAAAUGAUCGAUGCACCGGAUGGUACCUUUUUGGUUCGUGACGCUUCCUCGAAGGGAGGGGAAUAUACCCUGACAUUGCGUAAAGAUGGGACCAACAAGCUUAUCAAGAUUUGUCAGCGGAACGGAAAAUAUGGCUUCUCGGAGCCGUAUAACUUUCAUUCGGUUAUCGAGCUGGUUGAUCACUAUAGGAAUUGCUCUUUGGCACAGUAUAAUGCCACGCUGGAUAUUAAACUAUUGUACCCUGUGUCUCGGUUUCAACAGGACGAUGAUAUUGGAAGUACAACAGACAUGGCGAAUGUCGUACAAAAAUACAUUGAACUCGACAAAGAGUUAACCGACGCGUUGAAGGAGUACCUUGGUUUCUCGGAAAUGUAUAACAGAACCGCUUCCGAGGUACAACUGAAACGGCAAGCGUUGGAAGCGUUCUCCGAGGCUAUUAAAAUGUUCGAGGAUCAAACGAAAUUGCAAGAAAAGUUCCAGAAAGAAGCUCAACCUCACGAAAUAUUAACAUUAACCGAAAAUGCAGAACUGUUGAAACGAAGACUGAAAUCCUUAGAAGAUAGCAGAGAGCAAUUGGAUCGUUGCUUGAAAGAACAGAUUGCUUACAAUAGAACUCUCGAAAGAGAAAUGCAGAAACUGAAACCUGAAAUUCAACAGCUUCAACGCCAAAAGGAUAAGCAUGUAACAUGGUUGAAGAAGAAUGGUAUGAAUCAAAACAAAAUCAAUAAACUUAUAUUCACUUUACACUCGCUUUCAAAUCCUGUAUUGGGCGAAUUGUACGGAGAUCUUCAGGAAGUGGAUCUUGAAGUUCAUUCGGACGAGAAGACGUGGCUUUAUUUAGAAUGUUCUCGUCCUGAUGCUGAUCGUUUAUUGGCUGAGAGGCCAGAUGGUACAUUUCUCGUUCGAACCUCGAGAACUGGACAAUACGCUCUUUCGAUCAUGUGUAACGGUACGGUGAAUCAUUGCAUAAUAUACGGUACAGAACGCGGCUUCGGUUUCGCCGAACCGUAUAACAUUCACAAGAGUUUGAAACACUUGGUGCUACAUUAUGCUCAGAACUCUUUGGAAGAACACAACGAGUGCCUGAACACGACACUAGCUUAUCCGGCGUUUGCUUCACCCGCUGCGUUGGCGCAGUUACAAGCACAACAGAUGCAGUUGCAGAUGCAGAUGCACACACAGAACCAAUUACAGCUGACGCGUCCACUCGAGAAUCAACACUUUAUGCCGCACACGUAAUACUUGUGUUGCGAUUAACGUAGCUGACCGACUUACACAAAUGUUGUUACGUACGCGUAUACACGUGUGCACACACGCGAGUUUUCCAGGAUAAAAAAAACGAUCUCGUUCGUUUUUUUCCCCGAUCGGUACGAUGGUGUCUUUGUCUCAAGAAACACGCGAUAAUUAAUCGUUCCGUUUAUUUUUCUUUUUUCUUUUUUUUUUUAUUCUAACUAAGAGGUGAACACCGUUUGCUUAAAUGAAAAACGGUGGUAUUGACGAUACAGCGGAUAAACGUUGAUAAGUGGUAGCGGUAGUAAUCCUCAGAAACUACAUAGUUUAUAAGACGAUGGUACAGUGCGCGUACAUUGCCGUGGCGCAAUAAAAAGAAGAAAAUAACGAUUACGUUUCACUCGACAGGACCAUAAUGACACGCUACGUCGUAAGUUUUACAAUUAGUUUCUCAGGGUCUUGCGGGCGUUCGUCUUUGGAUAAAACCUUCUCUCGACGAUCGUCUCGAAAAUUCCCUUUGGCACGCGUGUGUGAACAGGAAAGAUCGGUACCUGUGGUCGCUGUCAGUUUAAAAUUCCUCCGUGGGUACGCGCGACAGAGAAAGAAAUUAGCGAGGUGCGACGCAUCUUCGAAUGCGUUUAACUCUAUCGAACACGUCAGAAUCACAGAGGCAUAUAUCUAGUCUUUAACAGGCAAUACGACGACGGAUAAAGAAAAAAUCAAAAAGAAAAGAAAAAUACCUACAGAACAGAACGAAAGAACGUAAGUCUGACUUCGUUUAAACUACUCAUCGUUUCAAUUGGUAAUCAGGGUAGUUAAAGUAAUCAACAUCAUAAAUAGUAAUCCCAUCGUCUGUUCCUUCGUAAGAAGAAAAUGAAAACACGGAUUGAAUCAAUUUUUUAGACCACUGUACUUCUGACUUCUUCGAUAUUCUCUUUUGCGAAGAUUCUUCGAUGCGCUGACAUAUGGUUUUACGUCGCGAAUGCGAUCGACGAAGUAAGUAAUCUUCGACGGUGAUAUUAGAGUAUAAUUAGAUGCAUCCGUGGCACGAUGCCGACGAGAGACGUUUUUUUUCUAGCGAUUAUACAAUGAAAUCCACGAAAUGAAGAAAGUGGUAGCAGCGGUCGCCGCCGUUGGACGACGAAGAAUUAUAAAAACGACUCUACUUCCGCUCGGUAUUCGAUUGAAAAGUCCCCGCCGCAUUUCGACGUUCAUCACAACGAAAUUUUAUACGGAUGCGCGCGGGAGUUCGUGUGUUUUUUUUUAUACGUUCAAUUUCAUGUGCUGCGCGCCAGACCUCUGUGCAGGUUGCGUGCAUUUGGAUGCUUGUACGCGGAGAUGAUUUCACGCGAAGUUAAAAAAAAACGUAUUAUCUGUGAUUUCGGAUUGCCGAGAAAGGAGGUAUAUUAUAUAUAUACAGAUAUAUCGUGUCUAGUAAUUUCCAGUCGCUUUUUUUAUGAUUUACUUUUCUUCUUCUUCUUCUUCUUAUACUUUCCUGUAGGACUUAAUUACGAUGCCUGCGUGUGAUCGUCGAAUGAUAAACAGGCAUUCGUGUCGACGAUAGCAUUGUCCCGCGACUGAUAUGUGCAAAUGCCAUUCGUGAUUUUAUUAUUCGUAUAUUUUUCUUAUUGUUCGUUCGAGAACGGUACUUUUUAUAACGUGUUCGGAAUUAUCAGUUGCUCUUCUCCUUUCUUACGAUGCUACGCAUUAUUUACCUCGAGAUGUUGUGAAAUUUGUCUGCGUGUUAUCAGUAUUCUCGUUUUACAUUGAAUAUUGAGAAAACUUCCGUGUAUCGAUCUGAUCGAUAAGGUUUGUUAACACGUUGAUCCACCAAGCAGAAGUUGAACAAUAAUUGGGAUCUAUAGAUGAAGAGAUACGAGCUGUUUCGUAGCAAAAAUGAUUGCAAAGUGGUUUUGAUGAAAAAUAAUUAGUGGCCAACGUGUUAACUUGUCAAGCGCGAAGCAAUUCUAGCGAAGAGUUCACUCGUCGUACGCAACCUAUGUGAAUUAUUACACGCCGCGUUAACUUGCCAUAUGUUAUCCGUAUGUGAAUAAUUACACGACGAGUUAACUCGACAGUGGUAACCGAUACGCGAGUUGAUUCGUCGUAUGCAACCUAAUCACGGGCUUUCAUACGACCAGUUAAUUAUGUUUUAUUUUUUCCCCGCUUAACAGACGAAGAUUCGUUACAGAAAAUUUGCAAUCUCGGGGUAGAUCGAGGGAUCUUUCUCGCUUUUGAUAUCGAUGUUCGUGCUGCUUUUGAAUGAUCUCACAAAUCUAACAAGAAUCAUUCGGCGAGACUGGUGGCAGGAAGAAACAUCUCUGAAUCCCUUGCUUUAAAUUUGACGGGAACUGGAGAAAUUUUGCGCAUUACAGUGCGGUCCGUAAUCGCAAAAGAGUAUCGAGUACACCGUCCAAGUGAUUCAUCUUCGAUCGUUAGCGGUCACUUCGAUCGGAACCGGAUGUUCCUUUCGAUCAUCCACGUUCACCGUGAUUCUCGUUUACCAAUAUAGUCAGAAGAAACGAAAUGUAAAUCGAUAUGAAGAAGCGAGGAACGAUCCCGAGCGUUUCGGAGCAACGAUGGUGUUUUUUUUCUUCUUUAUUUUCUUUUCUAUUCUAUUCGUUCAGUGUAGUACAGGAUGACGAACUUCGAGACACGGAGGGAAAACAUAUGUAAACGAGAGAUUGGUAUGUUUAAAAAGAAAGAAGAAAGAAAAGCAAACAUACAAACGAAAAAAAAUAAGGAAAAGGCUCGUUGCUCAUCCUAAAGGUUUCGAAUUACCGUAGGUUUAUAGGUAGCUUAAGUUUUUUAUACGAGAGAAAAACAAUUCAAGUGCCCUGGCGCCGAUAGGCUUGUAUUUGUGAUCGUCCAAUCGCGCGCAGGUGCAGUAAUCGAUCAUUAAUGAUCGCGUCAUCGAAUCGCGCGUCUCUUUUUAAUGAAGAAAUUCAAACGUUGUUUUAUCGGGUCAAUUACUUUUCGAAGGGUACGAUCAUUUCGUGUUUCGCAUUCUUCGUUUUCGAAUUAUUGAAUUAUAUUUCCGGCUUCGUUCAUCAUUCACAAGAGAAAGAAAAAGAGAAAAAUAAUAGUCGCUCGAAUGGAAAAGAACGAGCGUUGUUAAAAUCCAUCGAGCGUGUAAUUAAAGACGUCGUUAGAAUUUCAGACACGUCGUUAGAAUGAUUAAGAAGGCGAACUAGGAGCGACUCGGCGCGAAUAAUAAAUGUGAAACGUGUUAUCCGGAAACGGGCGAUUCGAUGACGAUUGAAGUGCGUGAAUUUUUUUUUUUCACGCGUUUUACCACGCAUUAAACUACUGUUAAGCGACGAGUACGAGAUAGUUGUCUAAAAAUUUGUUGGCAAUAUCUGUAGAUCGGAGAAAAUAGUUUGGGACAGGAGUUUGAAAUAUGACGAUGUCGGUGACACAGGCCGUGCUUGUUACGAUGGUGCAAUUAGACAGAGAGUAAUUGGGUUGUGCAGAAAUGAUUUGGAAAUGUAAAGUGAACUUCGUUUUGGAGAUCAUUGAUUUAACAAAAUUGAGUUGAGUACACUAGCGUUCGUAAGUAGACAGUUGUAAAUUAGAAAGUUGCAAGUGAUGAUUCUUGAAAAGUUUGGCAGAAGUUUAUCAAAAGCAGUUAAUUGUUGAUUUAUUGUCGUAUCAUAUAUGUUUACAAAUGAUGCUUAUUUUAUUAUCGUAUUUAUUUUACUAUCAUUUUAACACGCGUGCGAGUAUUUUGUCAAAAGUUUUUUGCUGAUUUGAUUGGCAUCUUUUAGAUACAUAUAAAUUAUUUACAAGUACCAUUUUUACCUUAUUCCUAUAUUUUAGCGAGUAACUGUAAUGUUGAUGGACGAAGAAUGAAAUUUUCUUAGACAUGAGAACACUUUUCAAAUACUUACGAACGAUAAUGUACGCGUGUAUUUGAUUGGAAAACGACUUGCUAUUUUAUGGAUAAAUAUCUCCAUUCAUAUUGGUUUUCUAAUAAUUAAAAAUAAGCUAAUAAAUAGACGCAAUGUCUGAAGUAUAA